AGAGCCAGUCUGCCCAUUGUACAGAUGGAGAGACUGAGGCCGGCGGGGUCCGACUCGCCACAGGCCGGUGGCAGAGUGGGGUGGAGGGCACUCAUGUUUGAUUUCCCGGCCUGUGUGUUUUUCUCAGGCCAGGAGAGGAUGGAGCUUCCAGCCUUGACUCUGCCCUUGUCCUUUGUUCUGGAGCCAGACCGGGUCAGCCCUUACGCCUGGGCCUUCAGGGUUCAAGGGGAAGUGGUGUCUGCCUGUCUUCGUUCCGUUUCCUCCUCACAUCUGGCCAGGGAACGAUGGAGACCCUGAAAGACAAGACCCUGCAGGAGCUGGAGGAGAUGCAGAAUGACCCAGAGGUGAUCGCCCGGCUGGCCCUGGAGUCCCCUGAGGUCCAGGACCUGCAGCUGGAGCGGGAGAUGGCACUGGCCACCAACCGGAGCCUGGCCGAGCGGAACCUGGAGUUCCAGGGCCCCCUGGAGAUCAGCCGUUCCAACCUCUCGGACAAAUACCAGGAGCUGCGGAAGCUCGUGGAGCGGUGCCAGGAGCAGAAGGCGAAGCUGGAGACAUUUGCUUCAGCGCUGCAGCCGGGCGCCCUGUUAGACCUCCUGCAGAUCGAGGGCAUGAAGAUAGAGGAGGAGUCCGAGGCCAUGGCUGAGAAGUUCCUGGAGGGCGAGGUGCCCUUGGAGACCUUCCUGGAGAACUUUUCCUCCAUGAGGACGCUGUCCCACCUGCGCCGGGUACGCGUGGAGAAGCUGCAGGAUGUGGUGAGGAAGCCCAGAGCUUCCCAGGAGCCCGGCGGUGAUGCCCCUCCACCCCGACCACCACCCCCACCUCGCCCGGCCCCCCCGGCGACGCCCCCUGCGGCCGAAGAGCAGCCGCCACCGCUGUCAGUUGCUUCAGCCGUGCCUCCCUACCCUCUGCCCUACAGCCCAUCGCCUGGCCUGCCUGUGGGCCCCACUGCCCAAGGAGCCCUGCAGCCAGCCCCAUUCCCAGUGGUAUCCCAGCCCUCCUUCUCCUACGGGGGGCCUCUGGGCCCCACUUACCCAUCAGCCCAGCCGGGACCCAGGGCUGCAGCUGGCUACUCUUGGUCCCCACAGAGGAGUAUACCGCCCCGGCCAGGCUAUCCCAUGGCCCCAGCUGGUGCCUCUGGCCCUGGCUACCCCGCGGUGGGGGGCCGGACCCCCAGUCCUGGUUAUCCUCAACAGUCCCCCUACCUCCCAACAGCAGGAAAACCCCCCUACCCAACACAGCCCCAGCUUCCGGGCUUCCCAGGACAACCCCAGCCAUCAGUGCCCCCUCAGCCCCCAUAUCCCCCAGGGCCUGCCCCUCCCUAUGGGUUUCCACCUCCCCCGGGGCCCGCCUGGCCUGGCUAUUGAUUGCAGCCCUGGCCCUUGCCCGUCCCUACUUCCACCAGUGCCACAACCUCUGGCCCAGCCAUCACUGAGAUUCCAGGUUAAAUUGGAAGUGGAGUCCGUGCUCCCUGUGGACUUGAGUGGACACAUGCGGGCCUUGGAGGGGCCUGGCUGGGAGUGUGCAGGCCCUUAGAAGGCAGUGUGGGCAACGUGACCAGGUUGGCAGUGGCAGCAGUAACGGCACCUGCUGGCCCUCUGGCUGUGGGUCCUCCUGGGGCCCUGUUGUCUCGGUGACUGGCUUCAGCUUUUCUGGUGCUGGCCAGGCUGCAGACCCGGGACCCCUGUGGGUGUCCAUGUGGCUGGGCAUAUGCAUGCAUCGUGGACCUUGAACCCAGCACAGGGUUAUCUCAGUGAUGGGGUGGCCUCCCGUCUCUGGCCCCUGCCCCCUCCCCACCCUGGGGUAUUCGACAUGGAGCCCCCUGCCCAGGGAUGCCGCUCUUGAUGUCUGUCUAGUCUGCUCUAGGAUGGCCCCAACUCCUACUCCUUGGCCAGGGUGAGGUUGGAGCCAGAAGACGGGAGAAACAGCACUUCUUAAAUCCUAUGAAGCCAUAAUGUAACCCCGGUGGACUGAUCAGCUGGUCCUGUGUGCUACUUUGCACGGCAGAACUGCAGGGAGGGGCUGGAGGCUGUGAAAGCGGACCCCACCCCUGCUUGCGCUGGUUCCAGAGUCCAAGGUGGUCCCCUGGCUGGGGAGAAAGAGAGCAGCUGGAGGCCGGAGGUUGUGGUUGUGCAGGGCUCAUCUCGGCCUGCAGGGCCAGGUCCCCUCCCAGCUGCCCUCUGUUCUCUGAGGCUGACUUUUUCUGCGGUCCACCCAUCCAUCCUCUCCUUUAGUGCCUUGACUCUCACUCAGAAGCAGCCCCCUUCAGUCCCUCCGUCCUCCCUCUGGCUCGCUCCGUGUAAUUCUCCCCGCCCCAGACCCCUCCCAAGACAGACAUCAAAAGACGCCCUAACAGUAACCUCCCAAACGGUGCUUCUGGAAACACCGCCACUACCGUGGGGUCGGUCUCUGCACCUCUCUCGUGAGGAUGUCCAGGGCAGGGAUGGUGACCCUGCGCCACAGGCAGCCCCUACACACGGGGCUUCCGGCGUGCUCAGUAACCACGGAGACUACACUAGACCAAAGGGGGUGUGAGAGUGAAGCAUUAACUCGCUUAUUUCAGAUGUGAACCAGGUCUCAGGGCAGACCCUGGAGCUGCUAUCGGUCGGGAAGUCGUAUGUGCCUUGAAUUGUCCACCUCUGCCGGGCCUGGGGGUGCUGGGGGCCGAGGAGGAAACCCCGCCUUCUGGUGCCUGCCCCCUCCCCGGCCUGCGUGCCGUCGGUGGGUGUGCGUGAUGCUGGGUUAGCCUGCUGGUUCCUCACCACUUGUGCUUGCUUCUCAUAAGUUAUUUAUAAAGAGAAAUCACUAAUGGACUCUAUUUGUUUGAGUGUUUCUGAACUGGAGGAACGAUCGCCGGGAUGUUUGUAUAAUUAAUUUCCGUAAUAAACUUUGAAGAGUCA